AUGGAUGAAAAUUCACCACAACAAAGCCCAAAGGCUAAUUCACAUGGCACACGGGGCACAGUGCCAGAAACUGCUCAGCCGGUUCAUUCGACCAAUUCCCGGCAGCCCAAACCAGACCUCAGGCUGUCCUCUCAAUCGCCUUCCCUGCUGAUAGAACUUCCCCGUGAGCUUCUGGGCAACAUCGUGAGCCAGCUUGAGAACAGCGAUCUCAAGAACCUCCGUCUCUCUUGCAAGCUUCUUGCUAGUACAUCGGCCUUGCGCAUCAAGCGUGUUUUCCUUUCUGCGAACCCGCUCAACGUCAGAGUUUUCCGCGCAAUUGCUGACCAUGAGGAAUAUCGCCAUGGCGUUACUGAAAUUGUCUACGACGAUGCCCGGCUCCCACGAUCUGCUUUUGAGGCUCAAGCGACACGGCGGCCCGAAAUGUUGAUCACAGGCCCUCCUCCUGACCCUCUCACUCCGUGGGAGGCAGAAUUUCAGUCAACAGCUCAGGAAGCAGAUGAAGAGUGGUUUCAAAGUGCGCGAAAAGCGAACCUAUGGGAAAUCGGCGCCCAUAAAAGCCAUACUAAAGGCCAAUGGGAUAGUCUUACAAGAGAAAAACAGGCAGAGAGCGAGAUGUCAUACCCAGCAUCGUGGGCAUACUAUCAGAAUCUGGUCCGCCAACAGGACGAGGUUAUUGCAAGCGGUGCUGAUAAAGAAGCUUUUAUAUAUGGCCUCCGACAGUUCCCCUCAUUACGGACUGUCACCGUCACCCCUGCCGCCCAUGGGAUGUUGUUUAGCCCUCUCUAUAAGACGCCAAUGAUUCGAGCCUUUCCAUUUGGCUUCAACUACCCUCUUCCCCGCGGUUGGCCCGCACGUCGUGAGCCAGAGUCUCCUUUGGAUGCCGCACCAUGGGUGGACGAGGGGCGCGAGGCUUGGGCUAGGCAGGUCAGAGAAAAUUGGCGUGGUUUUCUGUUUGUUGCUUGUGCUCUCGCACAAGAGCGGCAGCACCACCAUGUCUCCGAGUUUCUCAUUGACUCCAAUCAACUUCAAACUGGGAUUAGCUGCCGCUUGUUUGAGCAACCUUGCGAAGCGUUCAUAGAUGUGGUAUCGAUCCUUGAGCUUCCUGGCCUGCGACGCUUUCAUCUCUCUCUUAACGUUGAGGGGCAGUAUCUCUACAACUGGCAAGCUUUCCGAAGCGGGCUCUUGAAAGAUGCACUUUCUAAAGCUGUGGAUUUGGAGCAGUUUGCUCUAGCAACUGACAUGGAUAUGGAGGAUCCGGAUGAAGAAGAACCUCCCUCAUUGGAGGUCAUUAUCCCAAUUAACUCUUGGCCAAAGCUUCAACAUCUCAAAUUGUGGAAUUAUCAUGUCAAAAAAUCCGAAUUGCUCUUAUUUUUAGCCCAGCUUCCACAAACGCUAAAGUUACUUGAGCUCGGCGUUCUGUUUUUUUACGAUGGUGCGAGAUACCUUGAUCUGCUACAAGAUAUGCGCGACACCCUAGGUUGGCAAGAACGGCAAAUUCGACCCAGUGUCAAGAUUGCUCUCCCUCGUAGAGGUUACUACAGGGAUGGACAGGCUAUUGAGCUCAAUAAGGAAAUCGACGAGUUCUUGUAUAAUGGUGGUAACAAUCCCUUUGCCGGAAAACCUACCCGUUCUGGAGUUCCUCGUGGUGUGGGCGUUAUACGUGACGCAUUUCUUGCGGACUUCGAGCAACCUUGGGAUCUUCCACGGUGGCAAUCUUCUGCUCAAUCUCGCUAA